CGCGCGCUUCUCCGCGGGCCCCGAGCGCGCCCCUAACAGUCCUUGCCCGGCCGGCGCGCGGCGGUGCUAGGCCAGGGAUGGCCCCCGACCAGGUCGCUGCCAAGACCCUGGCCGCGGGACCGGCCCCGCGCUAUUUCACCUGGGACGAAGUGGCGCAGCGCUCUGGGCGCGAGGAGCGGUGGCUCGUGAUUGAGCGUAAAGUGUACAACAUCAGUGAGUUCAUCCGCUUGCACCCGGGGGGCUCUCGGGUCAUCAGCCACUACGCGGGGCAGGAUGCCACGGACCCCUUUGUGGCAUUCCACAUCAACAAGGGCCUCGUGAGAAAGUAUAUGAACUCUCUCCUGAUUGGAGAACUGUCUCCGGAGCAGCCCAGCUUUGAGCCCACCAAAAAUAAAGAGCUGACCAAUGAGUUCCGGGAGCUUCGGACCUCAGUGGAGCGAAUGGGGCUCAUGAAGGCCAACCAUGUUUUCUUCCUGCUGUAUCUGCUGCACAUCCUGCUGAUGGAUGUCGCUGCCUGGCUCACUCUUUGGCUCUUUGGGACAUCCUUCGUGCCCUUCCUCCUCUGUGCAGUGCUGCUCAGCGCAGUGCAGGCCCAGGCUGGCUGGCUGCAACAUGACUUCGGCCAUCUGUCUGUCUUCAGCACUUCUACGUGGAACCACCUGUUACAUCAUUUCGUGAUUGGCCACCUGAAGGGGGCCCCUGCCAGCUGGUGGAACCACUUGCACUUUCAGCACCAUGCCAAGCCCAACUGCUUCCGCAAAGACCCAGACAUCAACAUGCAUCCCUUCUUUUUUGCCUUGGGGAAGAUCCUCUCUGUGGAGCUGGGGAAACAGAAGAAAAAGUACAUGCCAUACAACCACCAGCACAAAUACUUCUUCCUGAUUGGGCCCCCAGCCUUGCUGCCUCUCUACUUCCAGUGGUAUAUUUUCUAUUUUGUUGUCCAGCGGAAGAAAUGGGUGGACUUGGCCUGGAUGAUCACCUUCUAUGUUCGCAUUGUCCUCACUUACAUGCCAUUGUUGGGACUGAAAGGCUUCCUGGGCCUUUUCUUCAUGGUCAGGUUCCUGGAAAGCAACUGGUUUGUGUGGGUGACCCAGAUGAACCACAUCCCCAUGCACAUCGAUCACGACCGGAACAGGGACUGGGUCUCCACUCAGCUUCAGGCAACAUGUAACGUCCACAAGUCUUUCUUCAAUGAUUGGUUCAGUGGACAUCUCAACUUCCAGAUUGAGCACCACCUGUUCCCCACCAUGCCUCGACACAAUUACCACAAAGUGGCCCCCCUGGUACAGUCCCUGUGUGCCAAGUAUGGCAUAGAGUACCAGUCCAAGCCCCUGCUCUCGGCCUUCGCCGACAUUGUCCACUCACUGAAGGAGUCGGGGCAGCUCUGGCUAGAUGCCUAUCUUCACCAGUAACAGCCCCCCAUCCAAAAGAGGAAGAUGAGCCUUUGGAGUCAAAGCAGAGGGGAGCUUAAGGGACAAUGCCACUACAAUUCUAAUUCCUAAAGGGUGGGUUUGGGAGAUAAAAGCUCUGACUCAUACCCCCACCCCCCUUUAUCUUCUAGGCACAGAUCUAAGACUCAAAGAGGGGUGGGGGGCAUCCUAAUCCCCCAGAAAGAAAGGAGGUGUUGGGACAGGGAUGAAAGUUUAAUUCCUUUUUCUAGUUUGGCAGAUACAGAUGGUUGGUGAGCAGAGGGAACCAGGAGGGUAUCAAAAGAAUAGGGAGGAUCUCCUGAGACCAGAAGGGUCUUCUCAGUGCCUUCCCCACCCUCCCUUGCGAAUCUCAGAGCUUUGGCAAGCUGGAGGGACAUAGCAGCUGAACCUUCUGAGCAAGGUUUAGAAAGGAAGCAUUGGUGCCUAGAGUUCUGAGGGCUGGCACAACCCCAUGCCUGGGGGCUCAGCUUACUGCCCAGGGCUGGGUGUGACCUGUGUCUACAAAGGACAUGCCUCAGGCUCCUGCGAAAAGCCAUCGUCAACUUUAGAAGCAGGCAGGCCAAAAGCCAGGACUGCAGUACUGGAGAAUCUGGUCCUAGAGGACUGUGGCAUCACCGAUUAUGGCCUUGUGCUCCAUCCAGGGUACAGAGGGAGCAUCAGGUCCUAGCUCUUAC